AUGGAAUCAAACGCCGUGCUCAAAGCAAGGGAAAAUCUGCGACGAUACCGUCAUGUGAGCACGUUGCAAAGUCGCCGUGGUCUCAGAAUCGUGUCACAGCCGAAUCGGACCUUGAACGAGCGUGCGAAUUUGCCCAGCGUCGUUCUCUCGCUUACGACGAUGCUCCCACGGGUGGCACUCAUUUUCCCGUUUAUUCGCCGCACUGCCUCUGGAACGAAGGGCCAGUUUGGACCUGGACCCUGA